AUCUUCUUCUUCUGUGGUUCAGGUUGACAUGUUCUGGCUCAGGAUGACUUCCUGUCUGUUGUUGCUCCUGUUCUUCUUCCAUUUUGUUCCUGCCAUCAUGGCCACCGCCCAACCCGCUGGCUGCAAAAUCCGCAUCACAGAUAGAGGACUGGAGAUGUUGAAGGCUGAGACUCUGAAGUUUGUGGAGGAGGAGCUCAGUAAUAUCAGUAUGCCAGAGAUGAAAGGCAAAGAAGGACGCUUCCAAUACACCAUCACUGAUGUGAAGAUAACAGAGUUGAAUCUGACUCACGCCGACCUUCAGUUCAUCCCUGAAGUCGGGUUGUUGUUUGAUGUUCAGAACUCAUCGAUCACGUUGACUUUCCAUCGGCGGAUCCUCUACUGGUUCUUUUAUGACACAGGAAACAUCAACGCGUCGGCCGAAGGUGUGAACAUCAAUACGGUUCUGAACUUGAUCAGAGAUGAUGAAGGACGGCUAAAGAUCAAUAACAUUACCUGUGAUGCAAGAAUCGCCAAAAUGAAGGCAAAGUUCAGUGGAACACUUGGGAGAGUUUACGACUUCCUGGCGAGCUUUCUGACAACAGGCAUGCGCUUCCUUCUCAACCAACAGAUCUGUCCUGCUCUCAAUCAUGCGGCUCUGGUUCAUGUGAACUCAAUGCUGGACACGAUCCCUGUGAGGACGGAAGUUGAUCAAUAUAUCGGGAUUGAUUAUUCUCUGAUUGAUGACCCAGUGGUGACAUCCAGGAGCCUCGACAUGCACUUCAGGGGGAUGUUCUUCGACCUUUCUGAUCAGAACAACACGUUGGUGAACUAUGCUGUCGACCCAGUCAUCAGAGAGUACGACAGGAUGGUUUACCUCGCCCUGUCCGAAUUUUUUUUCGACAGCGGGUUGUUCUCUUACUACAGAGCUGGAAUCUUCCAGACGCACAUCGUCAACGAGAAGAUGCCCAAAGACAUGGAGAUGUUGUUGAGAACCACCUACUUUGGAACCAUCAUGAUGCUGAACCCAGCUCUGGUGGAUGCUCCACUCUCUCUGCAACUUGCUGUCAACUCUCCCCCAAAAACUUCCAUCAAGACAUCUGGCGCAACGGUUGUCAUGACAGCCAUCGUCAAGGUGAUGGUGCUGCCUCCAGGUCAGCCUCCGGUCCAGCUUAGCAGCAUGACCAUGGAAACAAAGUUCAACGCUAAAGUUUCUAUGAAGGGCAAACGUCUGGCUGUUCAUGCUGACCUCCGCAGGUUUAAAAUUUUCUCCAAUCAAUCAGCACUGGAAUCUCUGGCAGUAAGUGUCUUUUUGUGCCUUUUUUUUACAGCACAGUAAUAACCUGUCUGUCUGAAUUUAACAGAGUCUUAUAUUAACUUUAGUCCCUCCGAAA